CUUCUUCACCUUCACCACCGCUAACAUGUCACAAACCGUUGGAGCUACACGACUCGCCUACUCGAGGGUAUGGCACCACAUCUCGGCGUCGACGCCGCACCAGACGCUGAGCACGAUCAAGGCGCCGCCCGAGGCGGUGACGCCGCCGUCGCUGGGGCGGCUGGCGUCGCGGAUCGCGACGAUCCUGAUGGGCAAGCACAAGCCGAUCUGGGACCCGUCGACGGACUGCGGCGACUACGUGGUGGUGACCAACUGCGCGGCGCUGUACACGACGGGCCAGAAGAAGUACCGCAAGACCUACUACCGCCACAACACCCGCCCGGGCUCGCUCCAGACCAUCACCAUGGACGUGCUGAUGGACAAGUUUGGCGGCGCCGAGGUCCUGCGCAAGGCCGUCAGCGGCAUGCUGCCCAAGAACAGGCUGCGUGACAAGCGGCUGGCGCGGUUGAAGGCCUUUGAGGGCGAUGCCCACCCGUACAAGCAAAACUUGGUGCGGUUUGGUGGGAAGGUUGUGGGGACUUCGGGGUGGGAGGAUAUUGUGAAGGCUGUGAGGGAAGCGGAUGCUGCGAGGAUAUAGGGGCUGCUGGGAAGGAACGGCGGUUGGAUGGGUGUGUGUACGAGGUCGUCUUGACUCUAUGAUUUGAGUCUUGUGUGUAUUAACAAUACAUUGAUGGAUACCACAAAACCUUGUUCCUGGAACACUAGGGAUUGAGCCGUUGGCCCUUGUUGAUAUCAUAUGCAUCAAAUGUCAAUUCGCUACGCCAAAUGCCGGUCGGGCUCAUAGAGCACGAACAUGCCAAGAUCGAGAGCACGCCAGUGUUUCUCACAUCGGAUAUGCCAAAGAAAUAUUCCCCUGUUCCGUUGCCAUGCACCUUUCUCACCUGUGUGCCAAAGUGGCGGUAUCACGGGAUACCUCACA